CACAUGAAGGAAGUGCAUCAAACAUGCACGGUGACCCUUACACCGGCACCGUGUAAUACAGUACAGAAGAUAAACCUGCAAAGAAAUUACUGCAGUCUCUUCAUUACCUGGCGAUUAAGCUGAUUAAUUGACUAGACACCCAUGCAUACGGAGUACGGACAAGAUGAGUACCGGUGAUACUGAACUCUAUACUGCCUGUGAACUUGGGGAACUAAUGAAAGUGAAAAAUCUACUGGCUGAGGGUUCAAACCCUUGUAAGAAACAUGGUUGGAGAAAAUGGACUCCAUUACAUGUUGCUUGUGAUGCUGGCCAUUUGGAAUGUAUGCAGCAUCUUCUUACUCUCGACGGUAUAAAGUUAUCACUUGUCGAUAGUAAUCAAUGUACUUCUUUGCAUCUUGCAUGCAUUAAGGGCUAUAAUGACAUUGUGGAAUACAUAGUGAAUGCAGUCGAUGAUUGUGAUUUCGUAAAUUCAUAUGGAGAGACCCCUUUGCAUUAUGCUUGUGAAUACGGCAAUAUAGAGUGUGUCAAAACUCUAGUUUUGAAAGGAAAAGUUGACGUAAACAAAGUUAGUCACAGAGGACACACAUCUUUGUACCUUGCAUGCCUUAGAGGACGACCAGAAAUAGUGAAGUUUCUUGUCAACCUUCUAAAUUGUGAUCCACUUGUUAGAAGUAAGAAAAAUGGAAAUGCCGCAAUUCAUGCUGCAUGUAGCAAAGGCCAUUUGGACUGCCUUGGCUAUCUUGUUGAUGUGCGAAAUGUGGAUGUUGAUGUACUUAAUGAUAAUGGCACUUCACCAUUACACUUUGCUUGCGAAAAAGGGCAUAUCAAUACAAUCCAUCACUUGCUACGGUCAAAUUGUAAUCCAUGUUUUGCGGAUUAUAAUAAAGAUACUGCUGUGCAUAUUGUAAGCCGUAAUGGACAUACCCAAUGCUUAAAAUUGUUGUUUGAAUGUGGUCGAAUAGACAUAAACGCUUUGAAUGUACGAAAGCGAACUCCUCUUCAUCUGGCCUGUUUUAAUGGACGUUACAGUUCCAUUGCCUUUCUAUUGACUAAAGCCAACUGUAACCCAAACAUUCAAGAUGAAAAUGGUAACAGUCCCCUUCAUUUAUGCAUUCCCAACAUACAUCAAGCUGAUUUGUAUUCCGGGUGCUUUCAAGAACUCAUUUCGUAUGAAAAGGUAAAACCAAACCAAAGAAAUCAGUUGCACCAAACACCGUUGCAUUUGGCAUGUAUAAAUGGGCUACAUCAUUUUGUGCGUUUUUUGGCUGUGAGGCUUGACAGUAGUACAUCGAUUUCCAAAGAUGUCUUUGGCAACACUCCUAUUCACUAUUCAACUCAAAAUGGUCAUUUGGAGUGCCUUAAAGUUCUUGUACCGAAUUUGAAAGACAACAGUGUAUUUACAAUAGAAAACAAUGAUAAUCAGACUAUACUCCACUUAGCGUGCAUUAAAGGACACCUUUCAGUAUUCAAGUACUUGCUGAGUAUUGUCUUCGAUAGACAAUUAUCGCGAUUCAACAGGUCAACAAAGUUGCCUGUAGAUAUAAACGACAUUGAUAGGAGGGGUCGUACACUACUUCAUCAUGCCUCUGUUCAAGGGCAUGCACUAAUUGCUCAGCACCUAUUAUUAAACAUGAGAUGCCAUGCACUAGUGAAAGAUAUUGAUGGAUUUACACCAUUACAACUUGCGUGCAUAAAAGGGCAAACGAAAUGCUUGCAAGUAUUGUUAGACUAUUUCGAGAAUUCUCAUUGUGAUGGAACACCGCCGUGUGAAAGUACGAAACAAAAUUUCCCCUUAUGGUGUUUAACUGAAAAUCCAGAAUCAAGCCCACUUUCGCUGGCUUGCACACAUGGACAUCUUGCUUGUGUUGAGGUACUUGUUGACAGGUUGCCAAGUUUAGAUACAGUUGACGUAAAUUUGCUACUGAUGUUGUCUUGUACGAGUGGCCACCUAUCAAUAAUGGCGUACAUUUUUUCCAAAUUCCACACUACUAGUUUAAUAAUGGGUAAAAAUGGAGAUACUCUUCUUCAUAUUGCCUGUUCUAACGGACAUAUUGAUUGUGUCAAGUACUUAAUUGAAGAACAUAAAGUUAGCCCUUGCUUGACUAAUGACAACCAGCAGGCAGUGAUACAUCUCGCUUGUAUGAGAGGUGAUAUCAGCAUUGUUGAAUAUUUGCUCGGCAAUAAGUUUUGUGAUCCCAAUGCCAAGGAUAUCAAUGGCCUCACCCCUAUGGCAUAUGCUCCCAAUGACAAAAAAUUGUUUCGUUUGUUGAUUACAAACGGUGCAAUCCCAGAAAAUGUAUACCAACUAAAAUCUAAGGUAACCAAACAUCCACUUCAGACCCGCUCAACUGUGCUUGUCAUUGGGGAGCACUCCGCUGGUAAGACAACCCUUGUCGAGGCAUUGAAAACCAAAAGAAAUAUAAGAUCGAGAAUUCUAAAUACUUUACCUGUGAUUGACUCAGUUUCUCUCAAUACUAUUGGCAUUUGUCCUCAUGAGUUCGAUAGUAAAAAGUAUGGCAAGGUAACUUUCUAUGAUUUUGCUGGUCACAAAGAAUUUCAUAGCAGCCAUUCUGUUGUUAUUUCCGAAGCUCAGAACAUUCAUGCUGUAAUCAUUGUGAUAGACAUAUGCAAACCCAGUAUUUGUUGCUCUACCGCUUAUUGGCUUGCCUUGCUUGCUAAUGGUUUUAAAGAACAAAUAUCAGAGGUGCCAGUUAUAGUUGUUGGAAGCCAUGCUGAUGAAAGUGAAGAUCCUGAAGCUACUGCAUGUGAGAAACAAAUACGAGAGGUAUUCACACGUCAGGCUUUCCAGGAUCUCAAAUGUUUUGACUUUAUUCCAAUGAACUGUAGGCUUGCUGGUUCUCUUGCUUACAGACGACUUUCUCUGUCUUUGCAGCAGUUGUGCCAUCCAGCUCAAACUGCUGGUGUUAACUUCACUGCACAUUGCUUCUUUGUGUUCUUAUUGGAUAAUUUUCGAGAGAAUAAAGUCAUUUCCCUCGAAGACAUUCAACUGAAAAUCGAAGAAAUAAUGCAAGACUCAGAUGAUGAUUUAGCAAUUUUUUUACCAAUUUCAAAGAAACCCCUCCAACAACUAUGCACACUUCUUGAGAAAGACGGGCACAUUUUCUUUCUACAAACACACUCUCAAGACUGGGUGGUCCUAGACAAGCAAGCUCUUUUGUUGCAAGUAAAUGGCACUGUUUUUGCUCCUGUUGUGUUAGGAGGCUAUAAUCUUGCUUCAAGUACGGGGAUAGUCCCAUUCCAAAAAUUUUGCGAAAAAUUCUCUGACAUCAAUCCAUUAAUGAUAGUAAACUUCCUUUCUCGAAUGGAACUGUGUCACAAAAUUACUGAUAAAACCACCAUACGCAUGCUUAAUGAUACCAAUGGGGUAUCCAUUAAUGAGUCUUCGCUUAUAUCUACAUGUAACGCCGUUAGCAGUGACGAAGUGUACUACUUCUUUCCAUCUUUAGUUCAAGCACAAGCAUCUGCUAAUAUAUGGAGAAAGAACGAGAGUUAUAAAUUAUUCUUUGGGUGGACAAUACAACCAAGCAAUAGCACGGAUUUCUUGCUACCAAGAUUUUUUGUAACACUAAUUGUUCGAAUAGCUUUCGCAUUCGCUUUAGCGCAAGAGCCCCAUGAAGUAAAUCCUACUAAUCCCUCACUAGAACGUAAGUGUUCAAUGUGGAAGAAUGGAAUCUGCUGGGGGACACGGUGGGGUAUUGAAGCACUAGUUGAAAUGGGUGAAGAUGCCUGCUCAAUGAUUUUUGCAAUGAGGAGCAUGCACGCAUCAUCAAAAUAUAUUAUCAUGCGCUCAUCAAUACUAAAGAUGAUUCGAGAAAGCCUGACUGAGUUUUGCCCUCAUGUUCCGAUAACCGAAUCAUUCAUAGCCCCAAAUGAAUUGAAGCAAUUUCCAUUUCAGCCUAGCUCUAAAAUGAUAAAGUUUAGUUUACAAGAAGUUUCUCGUUCAGUUGUUAAGCACUUACCAGCAGUUGUAAGUAGAGAUGGUACAUCUAUACUGCUUACCGACCUUCUCUCGUACGAGGUAUACUCUCGUGUACCUCAAUCAACUAUAUUGGCUCUAUUUUCGUCAGAUUCUACUACCAAAAUUGAUAGUGUAUUUAAAGAUGUAUUAUUUGCGCUAGCACACAAUGAUUGUGCCGAAGAGAGAGCAGUCUUAACAAGACUUAAAGAGUGGAGAUCAUCGAAUAAAAACAUAAAUUACAAAUCGGUGCAAUCUAUAUUGGACACAUGCAGUGUGCUAGCUGGAAGCAAAAGCCUUGAGACAGUGAGUACUAAUAUAUCAUCUGAAAUUAAAGAACGAGCAAUGACGUCUUACAAUUCAAUUCAAGGUUCUCUUGAGAAGAAGCACCUGUCCGAUUUACAAAAAUUACUUUGGGAUGUUAGAUGCAAAUGGUAUCACGUAGCCCUCCAACUAGGUCUCCAUCCUACAUCUGUGGAAGUCAUACGUGAGCAAAAUCGUGGCCAAAUUGACAAAUGUUUCACUGAAGUGCUGGUAUAUUGGCUGGACUAUGAAGGACAGAAUCCACCAACAUUAAUUGACCUUGUUGAAACACUUCGGUCCAAACCAGUUGAUUAUCCUGGCCUUGUUAAGCCUCUUUUGCGGUUUUUUACGACUGAGUAGUUAGCUUCAGUUGUUUGUUUUGUGACUAAACUGCAUUCAACCGGAGAACCAGAAACGUUUAUAGUCGGUCACUCAACUCUAUUAUGUAUUAGCCCUAGUCUCAAUAUAUUUCAAUGUUUUUGAUUACGUACAUAGAUGAGUUUCAACAGUAGAGAUGUUGCAACAAUUGA